ACUACCAAAGACCUGCCAACUACAAGUGAAGUGACCACCAAAGGCCUGUCAACCACCAGUGAAGUGACAAAUACCAAAGACCUUGAAGUGACAACUACCAAAGGCCUACAAACCACCAGUGAAGUAACUACCAAAGACCAGUCAACCACCAGUGAAGUGACUACCAAAGAUCUGUCAACCGCCAGUGAAGUGACAGCUACCAAAGGCCUGUCAACCAACAGUGAAGUGACAACUACCAAAGACUUGCCAAUCACGAGUGAAGUGAUUACCAAAUACCUGCCAACCACCAGUGAAGUGACAACCAAAGACCUGCCAACCACGAGUGAAGUGAAUACCAAAGACCUGCCAACCACCAGUGAAGUGACUACCAAAGGCCUGCUAACCACGAGUGAAGUGACUACGAAAGACCUGUCAACCACCAUGACUACGAAAGACCUGCCGACCACCAGUAAAGUGACAACUACCAAAGACCUGCCAACCACCAGUGAAGUGACAGUUACAAAAUACCUGCGAACCACUAGUGAAAUGACUACGAAAGACCUGCUAACCAUCAGUGAAGUCACUCCCAAAGAUCUGCCAACCACGAGUGAAGUGACUACCAAAGAUCUGCCAACCACGAGUGAAGUGACUACCAAAGAUCUGCCAACCACGAGUGAAGUGACUACCAAAGACCUGCAGACCACUAGUGAAGUGAUUACGAAAGACCUGCCAACCACCAGUGAAGCGAGCAGUACUAAUGAAGUAUAUUCUACAUAUCUGGCCGAAUUUUCUAUAGCCACCGAAGGGUGCCUUACCAGUGAUACAUCUACUACCACUGAAACUUCCCCUCACAAGAACUUGUCUACAUCCACAGUGGCUUCUACUAUUUCUGAUGAAUCUACUAACCAAGAAACAUUAACGGCUACUGGUUUCUCUGCCAUUGUAGAGGCAUCAACAGAUAAUGAAACUUCCACUGUCACAGAAAUGUAUGCUACAGGACUAUCUACUAGACUGUCUAAUAUUAAUGAAGCAAUUAAUACCACAUUAGAAUCUUCAGCUUCUUUGGUAUCUAUCACUUCUGAAAUUUCUGCAGUCCCUGAUGCAUCUACAAAUACACAACUUUCUAAUGGAGUUUCUACUCUUGCUGAAGCAUCUGCUAUCACAAAAGUGUCUACUGCUCCAGAAGUCUCUACUAUUACUACUACAGAAGCACCUACUGAUUCUGUACUAUCUACCAUCACUGAAAUGUCAACCAACAUAACAGAACCAAACAGUAUUAAAGUACCAACUACUGAAGAUAUACAGACCAGUGGUAAAGUUUCUACCUCCACUGAAAAGUCAAGCACUGAAGAACCUUUUAUUACUACCAUAAGAACAGUCUCUUCUAAUUUUCCAGUUACAGUUACAUCGGCAUCUGGCAAGUUAACAAAUAAAACAAGCUCAUCUAUUCCAUCUACAGUAACUUUGAUAUCAACAGGAAUUUCUUGGUUCAACGGUUCUAAAUCAACGGCUUCUGGUCAUACAACAUUACCUGUUUCAUCAUCUACACUCACUGCUACUUUACCAACCGUUGACAGUGUGAAGUCAACAGAAACAGCACUCUUCCUUAACACCAAGGAAACUGUGGAACAGAAAACGUCAACAAAUUCUGUUCCAUCCACAUAUUCCGUUUCAACAAAUCAAGAUGUAAUUACUGUUCCUACAGGACCUUCCACCACAGAACAAAUGUCACACAAUUCGAAAUCUACAUCUUCAUAUUCAUUUAUUCCCUCUUCUGUUCCUACUCUUUCAAAAGAGUUAUCUACAGCCACACAUCAUGCAUCAUUGUCUACAGAUUUUACAGAAUCUACUAAUUCAGUUAGUGCAAAAUCAGAACUCCCAGAUAAGUAUACAGGUUCAGACCAUUCUGUAAUAGAUGAAGAAUCUACCACUGAAAAACUGUUUAACCAAAGAGCUGAUUCUACUACUACUACUGUGCCUACCACACCUGUUAAGUCUAUGCCCACUGGCAUGUCUAGUAAAGCUUCUGAUUCAAAUGUGACUGAUGUACCUACUGUGGCAUUUGAUUCUACUGUCUCUAGUUUGUAUACCACUGCUGCUGAGUCUAGCAUGUCUUCGACAACUUUUGAUUCCACUGCCUUCGUUGUGACUACUAAAACUACCACUGAUGCAUUUACUGCCACUGUUGUGUCUAAGACUACUGCUGAGUUUAUCGCAAUUUCUACUGAAACUUCUGAUUCUUCAGCUACUGAGGUUUCUAUUGAGUCUACCAUCCCUAGUGAGUCCACCACUACUGUGUCGACGCAAAAGCCCAAUUUUACUACCUUUGCCAUGAUGAUGAAAACUACUGGCACUGGUAUAUCUACCAAAACUGCCAAUAAUGAUUCUACCACUUCACCAAAGUCUACUAGAUCUAAUUUGUCCACCAAAACAGCCGAUUCUGCUGCCACAGGGUCUACAACUAUUUCUGACUCUAUCACCUAUUUUGAGUCUUCUACUACUGGUAUAUCUGGGAAAAGUACUGAUUUUACAGCGACUCAUGUAUCAACACACACUGCUGAGUUUAUGAUCACCAAACCUUCAGGUUCUACAACAGAUACCAGCAAGCCUGAGUCUGCUAUAACUGGUAUGCAAACCAAAACAUUGGAUAUUAAUGUCACUGGUGUGUCCACUGAGCAUACCAACAAUGGUGUAUCUAGCAAAACAUCAGAUUCUAGUUACACUGACGUGCAUACCAUUACUGAACUUGUAACAUCAACCACAACAUCCGAUGGUAAUAUUAUGUCUAUCAUCACUAAUGUAUCCACUGCUAAAACAGCUACUACCAGUACAGAAUCCAAUGCUAUUACUGCUUCUGCAUUCCCCACAGCAGUAACAGCCAGUGAUAAUGCAGUGUCUACUGAAACGUAUAGUGCUGCUCAAACAUCAACCACUACAAUAACGACUGCAGCUUCUGAAGUGUCUACUGAAGCAUUUACCAAUACAGACAGGUCUACAGCUUCUAAAUUUUCUAGAGCUGUUGGAGCAUCUACAACUACAGAAAUAACAGUUGCUGCUGAAGUACCUAGUGAAACAUCUGCCAGCGCAAAAAUAACCAUUUCAAAUGCUGCUGAAGAAACUACUGCUGCAAAAAUGUCUAGUGUUGCUGAAGCAUUAAGUAUUACAGAGAUGUUUACUACUGGUGAAACGUCUAUUAUCACAAACAGAACCACUAGUGCUGCUGUGCCGUCUACCGCAACGAAUAUGUAUACCGGUUUUCAAGGGUCAGAUGCUGCUGAAACACCUACCACUUCAAAAAUAUCUACAGAUUCUGAAGUGUUUAGUGUUGCUGAAGUAUCUACCACUGUAGAAAUAUCUAGUGCUUAUGAAAUGUCUGUUGCUACUGAAUCAUCUGUAACUGCGGAAAUGUCCACCACUUCUGAAGUGUCUGCUGCUCCUGAAACAUUUACCACAACAGAAAUAGUCACAGAAGUGUCUAUCGCUUCUGAAGUCUCUAGUGCUGCUGAAUCAUCUAUGACUGCAGAAAUGUCUACUUAUGAAGUGCCAAGUGUUGCUGAAGUAUCUACAGAAAUGUCUGAAGCAUCUACCACUGCAAAAAUGUCUACCGCUUCUGAAGUGUCUAGUUCUGCUGAAGCAUCCAACUCUACAGAAAUACCUAUUACUUCUGAAGUGUCUAGUGCUGCUGAAGUAUCCACCACUGCUGAAAUGUCUAUCACUUCUGAUGUGUCUGGUGCUGCUGAAACAUCUAACUCUACAGAAAUGUCUACUGCUUCUGAAUUAUUUAGUGCUGCUGAAAUAUCUACUACAAAAGUGUCUACCGCUUCUAAAGUGUCUAUUGUUGCUGAAGCAUCCAACUCUACAGAAAUGCCUAUCGCUUCUGAAGUGUUUAGUGUUUCUAACUCUACGGAAAUGUUUAUCGCUGAAGUAUCUACCUCUUCUGAAGAGUCUAAUGCAGCUGAAACAUCUACGGAAAUGUCUAUCACAUCUGAAGUGUCUGCUGCUGUUGAGACAAUGUCUACCGCUUCACAAAUGUCUAGUGCUGCUGAAGCAUCUAAAUCUACAAAAAUGCCCACCAAUUCUGGAAUGUCAAGUGCUGCUGAAACAUCUAUAGAAAUGUUUUCUGCUUCUGAAGUGUCUAGUGCGUUUGAAAUAUCUACUACAGAAUUGUCCACCGCUUCUGAAGCAUCUGUUACUCCUGAAAUAUCUACCACCAGAAAAGCGUCUGCCGCGUCUGAAGUGUCUAGUGCUGCUGAAAUAUCUACUAUUGCAGAAGUGUCUACCGUUUCUGAAGUGCCUGAUGUUGCUGAAGCAACUCCCACUACAGACAUGUCUACUGGUUCUGACGUGUAUAGUGUCUCUACAGAAAUUUCUACCGCUUCUGAAGUUUCUGGUGUUGCUAAAGCAUUAACUACUACUGAAAUGUCUAUUGUACCUGAAGUGUCUAGUACUGCUGUAACAUCUACAAAUGUAUCUGAAGUGUUUAGUGUUGCUAGAGUUUCUACCGAAAUGUCCACCGCUUCAGUGUCCAGUGGUGCUGAAACAUCUGUCAUUUCAGAUCCAUCUACUGCUGCUGAAGCAGAAAUUUCUUCUGGAGUUUCCUGGUCUGCUAAAACUACUAUUGCAGAAAUAUCUAUGUCUGAAUUAUCUAGUGCUGCUGAAGUAUCCGUUUCUACAGAAAUGCCUACCGUUCCAGAAGUGUCUCUUUGUGCUGAAGCCGCCAAUUCUAUAGAAAUGUCUACCGCUUCUGAAGUAUCUAGUGUUGCUGAGGCAUCCAAGUCUACAGAAAUGUCUACCGCUUCUGAAGUGUCUGGUGCUGCUGAAACAUCUGCAGAAAUGUCUACUGUUUCUGAAGUGUCUUAUGCUUCUGAAGCAUUGAACUCUACAAAAAUGUCCACCGAUUCUGGAGUGUCUGUUGCAGCUGAAAUAUCUACACAUAUGUCUACUGAUGCUGAAGUGUCUAGUGCUGAGGAUACAUCCAACUCUACGGAAAUGUUUACCGCUUUUGAAGUGUCUAGUGCUGCUGAAUUUUCUAACACUACAGAAAUGUCUUCCUCUCCUGAAGAGUCUAGUGCAGCUGAAACAUCUACAGAAAUGUCUACCGCUUCUGAAGUAUCCAGUGCUGCAGCAGAAGCAGUAGAAUUGUCUAGUACUGCUGAUACAUCGACUACUGAAAUGCCUACCGUUUUUGAAGUGUCUAUUGCUGCUGAAGCAUUAACUUCUAUAGAAGUUUCUAUCGCUUCUGAAUUGUCUAGUGCUGUUAAAACAUCUACCACUUCUUCUACUGCUUUUGAAGUGUCUAGUGUUGCUGAAGCAUCCAAUUCUACAGAAAUGUCUACUGCUUCUGGAGUGUCUAGUGCUGCUAAAAUAUCUACUACAGAAAUAUCUACCAAUUUUGAAAUGCUUAGUUCUGCUGAAACAUCUACCACUGUAGUAAUGUCUACCGCUUCUGAAGUGUCUCAUGCUACUGAAACAUCUGCUACUGAAAUAUCUGCCGCUUCUGAAGUGUCUAGUGCUGCAGAAGCAUCGAACACUACAGAAGUGUCUCAUGCUGCUGAAACAUUUACAAAAAGGUAUACAGCUUCUGAAGCGUCCAGUGCUGCUGUAUCAUCCAUAUCUACAGAAAUGCCUACUGCUUCUGAAACAUGUACAGAAAUCUCUACCGUUUCUGAAGUGUCGAGUACUGCUGAAGCAUACAACUCUACUGAAAUGUCUACCGCUUCUGAAGUGCCUAAUGCUGCUGAAACAUCCAACUCUACUGACAUGUCUACCGCUUCUGAAGUGUCUAGUGCUGCUGAAUCAUACAACUCUACUGAGAUGUCUACUGUUUAUGAAGUGUCUAGUGCUGCAGAAACAUCUACAAAAAGUUAUACUACUUCUGAAGUGCCUAGUGCCACAUCUAUAGAAAUGCCUACCACUUCUGAAGUUUCUCAAGCUACUGAAGCAUCUACUACAGAAAUGCCUACUUCUUCUGAAGUGUCUAGUGCUGCUGAAAUAUCCAGCUCUACAGAAAUGUCUACCGCUUCUGAAGUGUCUCAUGCUGCUGAAACAUCUAACUCUACAGAAAUGUCUACCGCUUCUGAGUGUCUAGUGCUGCAGAAGCAUCGAACACUACAGAAGUGUCUCAUGCUGCUGAAACAUUUACAAAAAGAAAUGCCUUCUGCUUCUGAAACAUGUACAGAAAUCUCUACCGUUUCUGAAGUGUCGAGUACUGCUGAAGCAUACAACUCUACUGAAAUGUCUACCGCUUCUGAAAUGUCUACCGCUUCUGAAGUGCCUAAUGCUGCUGAAACAUCCAACUCUACUGACAUGUCUACCGCUUCUGAAGUGUCUAGUGCUGCUGAAAUAUCUACCACUACAGAAAUGUCUACUGCUUCUGGAGUGUCUAGUGCUGCUGAAUCAUACAACUCUACUACAGAAAUGCCUACUUCUUCUGAAGUGUCUAGUGCUGCUGAAGCAUCUACCACUGCAAAGAUAUUUACCGCUUCUGAAGUGUCUAGUGCUGCUGAAGCAUACAACUCUACUGAAAUGUCUACCGCUUGUGAAAUGUCUAGUUCUACUGAAAUAUACAACUCUACUGAAAUGUCUUCCGCUUCUGAAAUGUCUAGUUCUACUGAAAUAUACAACUCUACUGAAAUGUCUUCCGCUUCUGAACUGUCUGGUGCUGCUGAAAUAUCCAGCUCUACAGAAAUGUCUACCGCUUCUGAAGUGUCUCUUCCUACUGAAAUACCUACUACAGAAAUGUCUACCGCUUCUGAAAUGUCUAGUGCUACUGAAGCAUACAACUCUACAAAAAUGUCUGCUGUUUCUGAAGUGUCUAGUGCUGCUGAAAUAUCUACCACUACAGAAAUGUCUUCCUCUCCUGAAGAGUCUAGUACAGCUGAAACAUUUACAGAAGUGUCUAGUGCUGAAACAUCUAUCAUUGCAGAAAUGUCUACUACUUCAGAAGUGUCUAGUGCUGGUUAUAUAUCUACUACUGAAAUGUCUGCCGUUUCUGAAGUGUCUAGUGAUGCUGAAACAUGGACCACUCCAGAAAUGUCUACCACUUCUAAUAUGUCUAAUGCUGCUGAAGUUCUUAGUGCUGUUAAAACAUCUAAAGAAAUGCCUACCAUUUUAGAAAUGUCUAGAACUACUGAAACAUUUAUUACAGAAAUGUCUACCGCUUCUGAAAUGUCUAAUGCUGCUGAAGCAUCCAACUCUAGUGUAGCUAAGAUAUCUACUACAGAAAUGUCUACCACUUCUGAAGUGUCUAGUACUGCUGAAGCAUCCAACUCUACAGAAAUAUCUACCACUUCUGAAGUUUCCAGUGCUGCAGAAAUGUCUACCGCUUCUGAAAUGUCUAGUGCUGAUGAAGCAUUCACUUCUACAGAAAUGUCUACUGCUUCUGAAUUGUCUAGUGCUGCUGAAACAUCUACCACUGCAGAAAUGUCUGCCGUUUCUAAAAUGUGUAAUGCUGCUGAAGCAUCCACCUCUACUGAAAUGUCUACCGCCUCUGAGAUGUCUAGUGCUGCUGAAGCAUUAAAUUCUACAGCAAAGUCUACUGCUCUUGAAGUGCCUAGUGCGGUAGAAAUGUCUACCGCUUCUGAAGUGUCUGUUGCUGCUGAAAUGUAUUCCGCUUCUGAAAGGUCUAGUGCUAUUGAAGCAUUAAACUCUACUGAAAUGUCUACCGCUUCUGAAGUGUCUAAUGCUUUUGAAACAUCCACAUUUACUGGAUUGUCUACCACUUCUGAAGUGUCUAGUGCUGUUGAAGCAUUAAACUCUACAACAAGGUCUACUGCUUCUGAAGCGUCUAGUGCGGUAGAAAUGUCUACCGCUUCUGAAGUGUCUAAUGUUGCUGAAUCAUCUACCACUGAAGUGUCUAUUGCUACUAAAACUUGUAACACUGUAGAAAUAUCUACUGCUUCUGAAGUGUCUAGUGCUACUGAAGCAUCUACUACUGAAUUGUCUAGUACUGAUGAAACAUCUACCACUGCAGAAAUGUCUGCCGCUUCUGAAGUGUCUGGUGCUGCUAAAGCAUCUGACACUGCAGAAAUGUCUACUGCUUCUGAAGUGUCUCCUGCUACUGAAAAUUCUACUACAGAAAUUUGUAUUAUAUCGACAGAUAUUGCAAGAUUCUCUGUUUCAUCUACAGUAACUCUGUCAUCAACAGGAAUAACUUUGCUCAACGGUUUUAAAUCAAUGCUUCCUGGUCCUACACCCUCAUAUAUUAUAUAUACAUCUACAAUCAGUGCUGCUCUACCGACCGCUGAAAGUGUGAAGUCAACAGAAGCGGCACUCAUCCUUGCCACCAAGGAAACUGAAACUUCCGAAUCUACAACCGCUGAUUUGUCCAACACAACCACUGGUCCCACUGCUAGUGCUGUAGCUUCAAAAUUUUAUUAUACUGCCACUGUGAAAAAAAUGUGUUGCGGCGUCUCUGAGUCAGGUGGCGGAGCUGAGUACCUUAGCUGUGCCACUUUACCCAUUGAAAUGGUGCAGGAGAAAGAUGCGAUCUUGCUGAUAACGCUGGUGUCCCAUAGAUCUAUCACCAGCCACCCGCUCUUCUCUUACACGUCCAGAUAUCAUAACGUCAAGAUGAACAGAGCUCUUCGUGGAAAGAUUCAGAUGCUACCUCUUCUUCUGUCGCGCCUUCAGCUUUUGGACACCCUCCUUCAACAGCUGUUACGGGCUGUACCACGGAAGCUGAACUUUAUUUCAUAUACUCACACUAAUGAUAAUAAUUAUAAUGAUAGUAAAAAUGAUGAUGAUGAUGAUGAUAAUAAUAAUCCUCCAUUACAAAUCCUCCAUGCAUCACGCCUCAGAGAAUCCCAAGUGACAACAACACCCACAGCGCCCACGAGACAGAUAGAGCUAGCGGUGGUGUCCUGUGAAAUUCCAGGAGAAUAA